AUGCCUGUGGUCGACCACUAUCACCAAAGAAGUCGAUCUGCGAGUCUACUCAUCCAUUCACCGCCUCAUGAUGCAAGAAUUCCGUAUAAGACAACAAGUCAUGGGCAGACAAUCGGAGACUUAAACAGCACCGCCUACGGUGAUGGAAAGGAUACGUUUGACCUAGAGUAUGCCGCAGUGAAGAUCCUUAUGCGGAAGUUGAUGUGGUGUGCGGAUGACACAGAGAAGGUAUCAACAUCUUGCAUUGCCAUCAGAAGUGGCCACAGUCAUCCUCGCUUCCUUGGUCAUCUACUGAAAAGACCAGCAGGUCGCCUUAGCUCGACGUGUUUACAGGAGUUGUCGAGCUCGAGCUGGAAAUGGGCACAUGACCGAAAAUGGAAGUUUUAG